AUGGAGCUGUUGGCCUGGAAGAAACGGUGGUUUAUCCUUCGCAGUGGCCGGAUGAGUGGCGACCCCGAUGUCCUGGAGUACUACAAAAACAAUCACUCUAAGAAGCCCCUGCGUGUGAUCAACCUCAACUUCUGUGAACAGGUGGACGCCGGUUUGACCUUCAACAAGAAAGAGCUGCAGGACAGUUUCGUCUUUGACAUCAAGACCAGCGAGAGGACCUUCUACCUGGUGGCAGAAACAGAAGAGGAAAUGAACAAAUGGGUGCGGAACAUUUGUCAAAUCUGCGGGUUUAACCAGUCGGAAGAUCACCUGGCAAAACCAACCCCACUUGACCUCAGAGGCAAUUCAGUCAUCGAUGAACUGCCCUUUAAAUCGCCAGUCACAAAAUCAUGGUCUAGACCCGGCCAGACCUUCAACUCCAACUUUUCUCAAUAUUGUCGUCCCACCUCAACCCAGAGCAUAACCAGCACCGACUCAGGAGAUAGCGAAGAAAAUUAUGUGGCUAUGCAAAACCCGGUUUCUGCAUCUCCCAUUCCAAGUGGGAAAAGCAGCCCGGCCCAAAAGAAGAGCACCACAAGCGUCGAUUACCUGGCUUUGGACUUUCAGCCAAGCUCACCUGGGCCCCACCGAAAGCCCUCUACGUCGUCCAUUGCUUCUGACGAGAAGGUCGAUUACGUGCAGGUGGACAAAGAGAAGACGCAGGCUUUACAGAGCACGAUGCAGGAAUGGACCGACGUCCGGCAGUCUUCGGAACCCAACAAGACAGCGAAGCAGUAGCCAAGCGGAGACAUGGUGGAGAAACCAUGGAGGCUUUUAGGAAUCAAGGAGAGACCGUCCAUUUGUCUCUCUGGCUGAACCUUCUCUUGGUCCUUCUGCGGAGGCCGUUCCUGAAAACAAGCUUCUUCAGAAGAACAUUUGGCUGAAAACUUGCAUCACCCCUCCCAAAGGCAUUUUUCAGUGAUGAGGUUAGCUGCUGGCUCUGUUCUGAGGAAUUAGUGAACCGACACUGGCUUCUCAUCCACCUGCCCGUAUCCAAACCUUCCUCGAUCCACUGUCAACCUGCAGAUCUCUAUUUUUGCAUCCAGCACCUGGGCCCUUUGCCAGUUUCCUGCCGUCGGUUGGAACUUUCAGCCUGGUUUUGGCCUCCUGGUUCUGCCUUUUAGAGAUGAUGAUGAUAAUAAUAAUAAUAACAAUAACAACAAUAAUAAUAGUAAUAAUAAUAAUAAUAACGGCCAGCUACUCAUCCUAAGUGGAUUUGAUUUUCAAGCAGUCUCUUUACGAAGCUGUCUUAGCUGUAUCACUUCACAAAAGGGCGAAGAAAUCUCCAAGCGAUGCCUUUAUUUUCGCUCUUUAUGUAAACUGCCAACAUGCGAAUUUCUUAAACUACGCCGUGGUCCUUGAGAGGACAAGCAUGUCAAGAAACAAUCGCUGUUCACCGGUAUAAAUCAGCUUUUGAAAUGCAUUACUCUCGAACUGAAAAUAAUUCCUCGUCCGCCAUCCUUCCCCCUCAACAAGAAAAAAAAAAAUCUUCCUAAUUCUCUCUGGGGAAUUUUAAGAAUGGGACCCUCUCUGGAUGUGUUUUGCAAUAGUUUCCUCUUUGUGGAAUAUAUGAUUAUCGGUGUCCGAGAUCUUACAAUAGUUGAAUCUGUGUUGGGCCGUAUUUGGUACCUGGUGUGUGGUGUGUAGGAAAGCAUUUGAUGUUGGACCCUUAGAGCGAUGGUUAUAAAAGCCUUGAUAUUUAAAAGCCCAUCUACUCUGUGUUUGAAGCUGCAUUCGAUGCCUGGUUACCUAUCUCAAAACACUCCUAAUUGGAAGCAAAUCUUUAUUUUCAAAAUAAGAGCAAGGGGACGCCGUGCAAGAGUUUAGCAAGCCAGCGUUCGAGACCCAAGACCUGCUGUGGGAUGGGGUUGAGCUCCUGUCUUUCGCUCCAGCUUCUGCCGGGGACAUGAAAGGAGACCCCAACUGGGCAUCUCCAGGGCAACAGGGAUGUCACCGGCUAAUCCUUCGAACCCAGAAGCGCCGAGGCGCUUCUGACACGAGUGCAAAAAAUAAUAAUAAUAAUCAAAAUGCAUCGUUGAAUUUGGAGUGUCCCGGUUUAAAAAGCUGACUGAUUCACACAACGCAUUAAUCCAGGUUCAAGUAAAGAGUUCCGAGUUCAGGUUUCUGCUGGUUCACCAAUGAAAAAUCCUCUGUGCCAGGUUCACACCACCUGCUGAGCUCAACUGUGACUGGCUAUUUCCUGCCUCCAUGAAUAGUUUGGUGAGCAUUGCAAGUUCCAACAGGAAGAUGAAUUCACAUAGCCACCAUUCAAUUAACCACGGUUUGCUGGCUCGCGCAAACCUAGCCUACAGGAUGGCCCUGUACUUUGUGACUGUUAAAAUAAUUCUACCUUGACAAAAGGAUGUGUCUU